AUGGAGGACAGAGGAGGAACCAUUCUGAUGAAAAGGUAUGAGGUGGGGCGUAUGCUUGGGCAAGGAAACUUUGCAAAAGUUUACCAUGCAAGGAACCUCAAGACCGGGCAGAGUGUUGCCAUCAAAGUCCUUAACAAGGAUAUGGUGAUGAAGUUUGGCAUGGCUGAGCAAAUCAAGCGUGAAAUCUCGGUGAUGCGGCUCGUGAGGCACCCCAACAUUGUGCAUCUCUACGAGGUGAUGGCAAGCAAGACCAAGAUAUACUUUGUGAUGGAAUAUGUCAAAGGUGGUGAGCUUUUUGACAAGGUGUCCCUAGGGAGGUUGAAAGAAGACCUAGCCAGAAAAUAUUUCCAGCAAUUGAUGGAUGCCAUUGAUCUUUGCCACAGCAGAGGAGUGUAUCACCGCGACCUCAAGCCGGAGAACCUUCUCUUGGACGAAAAUGGGAACCUCAAGGUCACAGACUUCGGCUUGAGCGCCUUGACGGAGAGCAGAAAGAGUGACGGCCUUCUUCACACAACUUGUGGAACUCCGGCCUAUGUGGCUCCAGAGGUGAUUAGGAAGAAAGGCUACGACGGAGCCAAGGCAGAUAUUUGGUCUUGUGGCGUGAUUCUUUAUGUUCUGUUGGCUGGAUAUCUUCCUUUCCGGGAUAAGAAUCUCAUUGAAAUGUAUAGAAAGAUUGCCAAAGCAGAUUUCAAGUGCCCUCAAUGGUUCCCUGUUGAUGCUAAAAGGCUUCUCUACAGGAUUCUUGAUCCUAAUCCAAUAACCAGAGUUACUAUUCCCAGAAUCAUGGAGAGUAGAUGGUUCCAAAAGGGGUAUGAGCACAAUGCAUUAUCCCAUCUCCCACCUUUGUCCCCAAGAUGGGGUGGUGAUGACUGUAGCUCCGAUGUUGAGGCUGCAUUUGCAUUUACCUACUCCUCCUCCUCCUCCUUCUCCUACUCAGGAGAAGACGAUGAAGACGUAGUAGUUCCCAUGAAGCUGUAUCGCUUCAAUGCGUUUGAUAUCAUAGCACUUUCCUCAGGGUUUGAUCUCUCUGGCUUGUUUGAGAAAGAUAACACUCAGAAACAACAUGCAAUGUUUAUAACAAGAAUGCCACCGGCAGUGAUUGCAUCAAAGCUGGAGGAGAUAGGACAGAUGGAUAAUAGUUUUAAGGUGAUGAGGAAUAAUGGAGUUGUUAGGUUGGAAAAAAGAAACACAAAGGGAACCAGCCAACUCAGCAUAGAUACAGAAAUUUUUCAAGUUACAGACUCCUUUCAUGUUGUUGAGAUCAACAAGGUACUUGGGGACACAUUGGAAUACACCACAUUCUUGGAGCACCAUCUUAAGCCUUUCCUUGAUGAAAUUGUUUUGGCUUGGCAAGGAUGUCACAACCACCAAUAA